AAAACGGUUGGGCGCCGGGAACCCUGGCAACACAAGAGUGUGCACGUUAGCUCCGCGAGGGCGACAGAAAGGGACGGACUGAGUCUCCCGGGGCUGCCUUCGCUUCUAAUCACUACCAGCGGAAUGAAGAUCGAGGAGGUGAAAAGCACUUCGAAGACACAGCGCAUCGCGGCCCAUAGCCAUGUCAAGGGGCUGGGGCUGGACGAGAGCGGUGCGGCCAAGCCAGCGGCAGCCGGGCUGGUUGGACAGGAGAACGCGCGGGAGGCUUGUGGUGUUAUCGUGGAAUUAAUCAAAAGUAAGAAGAUGGCUGGCAGAGCUGUGUUAUUGGCAGGACCUCCUGGAACAGGCAAGACUGCUUUGGCUCUAGCUAUUGCUCAGGAGUUGGGAAGUAAGGUUCCCUUUUGCCCUAUGGUUGGAAGUGAGGUAUAUUCUACUGAAAUAAAGAAAACAGAAGUCUUGAUGGAAAAUUUCAGAAGAGCAAUCGGACUGAGAAUUAAAGAAACGAAGGAAGUUUAUGAAGGGGAAGUCACAGAAUUAACUCCCUGUGAAACCGAGAAUCCUAUGGGAGGAUACGGCAAAACCAUUAGUCAUGUCAUUAUUGGACUCAAAACAGCAAAAGGAACUAAACAGCUGAAGUUGGAUCCCAGCAUAUUUGAAAGUUUGCAAAAGGAAAGAGUAGAAGCUGGUGAUGUAAUUUAUAUUGAAGCAAACAGUGGAGCUGUCAAGAGGCAAGGCAGGUGUGACACCUAUGCUACAGAGUUUGACCUUGAGGCUGAAGAAUAUGUUCCCUUGCCAAAGGGUGAUGUGCACAAGAAGAAAGAAAUUAUUCAGGAUGUCACACUGCAUGAUUUGGAUGUAGCCAAUGCUCGGCCUCAGGGUGGACAAGAUAUCCUUUCCAUGAUGGGACAACUAAUGAAGCCAAAGAAAACUGAAAUCACAGACAAGCUUCGAGGUGAGAUCAACAAGGUGGUGAAUAAAUAUAUUGAUCAAGGCAUUGCGGAGUUAGUCCCUGGCGUACUUUUUGUGGAUGAAGUCCACAUGCUGGAUAUUGAGUGCUUCACAUAUUUGCAUCGAGCAUUGGAAUCUUCUAUCGCUCCGAUUGUCAUCUUUGCUUCCAACCGGGGAAACUGCAUAAUCAGAGGGACAGAAGAUAUUAUCUCUCCUCAUGGGAUACCUCUGGAUCUUCUGGAUAGAGUAAUGAUAAUUAGAACCAUGUUAUAUACACCACAAGAAAUGAAACAGAUCAUAAAACUUCGAGCCCAAACAGAAAGCAUAAAUAUUAGUGAGGAAGCAUUGAACCAUCUUGGGGAAAUUGGCACCAAAACCACAUUGAGGUAUGCUGUACAGUUACUCACUCCAGCCAAUCUGCUAGCCAAAAUAAAUGGGAAAGAUAGCAUAGAAAAAGAACACAUUGAAGAAAUAAAUGAACUCUUCUAUGAUGCCAAAUCCUCAGCAAAAAUCCUGGCUGAUCAACAGGAAAAAUACAUGAAGUAAAGACAUUUGUUCAGCUUUCUAGCAUUCAGAACUGAUUUUUACAUUCUCCAGGUUCUUCAGAGAAAGAGGCAAGAGAAAUUAUCUCUAUGAACUGAAAACUAUUUGAAUAUCAAAUUACUCCUUUACAGUAGGAUAUCAAAUCUUUGUUCCUAAUAACUGCGAGGGAAUGCAGUGAUAUCUUGGCUUGUGGUAACAUGGUAUAUUUCUUAUACUGAGUGCUUAUAUGAAACUGAUGCAUGUGGCAGAUUCUUUCCAUCUUUUAGAUUUGAUUGCUAAAGUACUCAAAACUAAGCAGUAUGUAUUUCUUUUUGAGUGUUGUGGUAAAACAGCUCUGGAGAUGUUUAAUUAAAAAAAAUCACUAAUUU